AUGGUCCGACCGGUCCGUUGGACCAAUAGCUUUCCAUCACCCCGCCCCAUUCUCCCUCUUUCCAUCACCCCGCCCCAUUCUCCCGCUUUCCAUCACCCCGCCCCAUUCUCCCGCUUUCCAUCACCCGCCCCAUUCUUCCGCUUUCCAUCACCCCGCCCCAUUCUCCCGCUUUCCAUCACCCCGCCCCAUUCUCCCGCUUUCCAUCACCCCGCCCCAUUCUCCCGCUUUCCAUCACCCCGCCCCAUUCUCCCGCUUUCCAUCACCCCGCCCCAUUCUCCCGCUUUCCAUCACCCCGCCCCAUUCUCCCGCUUUCCAUCACCACGCCCCAUUCUCCCGCUUUCCAUCACCCCGCCCCAUUCUCCCGCUUUCCAUCACCCCGCCCCAUUCUCCCGCAUUCCAUCACCCCGCCCCAUUCUCCCGCUUUUCAUCACCCCGCCCCAUUCUCCCGCUUUCCAUCACCCGCCCCAUUCUCCCGCUUUCCAUCACCCCGCCCCAUUCUCCCGCUUUCCAUCACCCUGCCCCAUUCUCCCGCUUUCCAUCACCCCGCCCCAUUCUCCCGCUUUCCAUCACCCCGCCCCAUUCUCCCGCUUUCCAUCACCCCGCCCCAUUCUCCCGCUUUCCAUCACCCCGCCCCAUUCUCUCGCUUUCCAUCACCCCGCCCCAUUCUCCCGCUUUCCAUCACCCCGCCCCAUUCUCCCGCUUUCCAUCACCCCGCCCCAUUCUCCCGCUUUCCAUCACCCCGCCCCAUUCUCCCGCUUUCCAUCACCCCGCCCCAUUCUCCCGCUUUCCAUCACCCGCCCCAUUCUCCCGCUUUCCAUCACCCGCCCCAUUCUCCCGCUUUCCAUCACCCCGCCCCAUUCUCCCGCUUUCCAUCACCCCGCCCCAUUCUCCCGCUUUCCGUCACCCCGCCCCAUUCUCCCGCUUUCCGUCACCCCGCCCCAUUCUCCCGCUUUCCGUCACCCCGCCCCAUUCUCCCGCUUUCCACCACCACGCCCCGUUCCCCCGCUUUCCAACAUCCCGCCCCGUUCUCCCGCUUUCCAUCACCCCGCCCCAUUCUCCCGCUUUCCAUCAUCCCGCCCCAUUCUCCCGCUUUCCAUCACCCCGCCCCAUUCUCCCGCUUUCCAUCACCCCGCCCCCUUCUCCCGCUUUCCAUCACCCCGCCCCCUUCUCCCGCUUUCCAUCACCCCGCCCCAUUCUCCCGCUUUCCAUCACCCCGCCCCAUUCUCCCGCUUUCCAUCACCCCGCCCCAUUCUCCCGCUUUCCAUCACCCCGCCCCAUUCUCCCGCUUUCCAUCACCCCGCCCCAUUCUCCCGCUUUCCAUCACCCCGCCCCAUUCUCCCGCUUUCCAUCACCCCGCCCCAUUCUCCCGCUUUCCAUCACCCCGCCCCAUUCUCCCGCUUUCCAUCACCCCGCCCCAUUCUCCCUUUCCAUCACCCCGCCCCAUUCUCCCGCUUUCCAUCACCCCGCCCCAUUCUCCCGCUUUCCAUCACCCCGCCCCAUUCUCCCGCUUUCCAUCACCUCGCCCCAUUCUCCCGCUUUCCAUCACCCCGCCCCAUUCUCCCGCUUUCCAUCACCCCGCCCCAUUCUCCCGCUUUCCAUCACCCCGCCCCAUUCUCCCGCUUUCCAUCACCCCGCCCCAUUCUCCCGCUUUCCAUCACCCCGCCCCAUUCUCCCGCUUUCCAUCACCCCGCCCCAUUCUCCCGCUUUCCAUCACCCCUCCCCAUUCUCCCGCUUUCCAUCACCCCGCCCCAUUCUCCCGCUUUCCAUCACCCCGCCCCAUUCUCCCGCUUUCCAUCACCCCGCCCCAUUCUCCCGCUUUCCAUCACCCCGCCCCAUUCUCCCGCUUUCCAUCACCCCGCCCCAUUCUCCCGCUUUCCAUCACCCCGCCCCAUUCUCCCGCUUUCCAUCACCCCGCCCCAUUCUCCCGCUUUCCAUCACCCCGCCCCAUUCUCCCGCUUUCCAUCACCCCUCCCCAUUCUCCCUUUCCAUCACCCCGCCCCAUUCUCCCGCUUUCCAUCACCCCGCCCCAUUCUCCCGCUUUCCAUCGCCCCGCCCCAUUCUCCCGCUUUCCAUCGCCCCGCCCCAUUCUCCCGCUUUCCAUCGCCCCGCCCCAUUCUCCCGCUUUCCAUCGCCCCGCCCCAUUCUCCCGCUUUCCAUCGCCCCGCCCCAUUCUCCCGCUUUCCAUCACCCCGCCCCAUUCUCCCGCUUUCCAUCGCCCCGCCCCAUUCUCCCGCUUUCCAUCACCCCGCCCCAUUCUCCCGCUUUCCAUCGCCCCGCCCCAUUCUCCCACUUUCCCUCACCCCGCCCCAUUCUCCCGCUUUCCAUCACCCCGCCCCAUUCUCCCGCUUUCCAUCACCCCGCCCCAUUCUCCCGCUUUCCAUCACCCCGCCCCAUUCUCCCGCUUUCCAUCACCCCGCCCCAUUCUCCCGCUUUCCAUCACCCCGCCCCAUUCUCCCUUUCCAUCACCCCGCCCCAUUCUCCCGCUUUCCAUCACCCCGCCCCAUUCUCCCGCUUUCCAUCACCCCGCCCCAUUCUCCCGCUUUCCAUCACCCCGCCCCAUUCUCCCGCUUUCCAUCACCCCGCCCCAUUCUCCCUUUCCAUCACCCCGCCCCAUUCUCCCGCUUUCCAUCACCCCGCCCCAUUCUCCCGCUCUCCAUCACCCCGCCCCAUUCUCCCGCUUUCCAUCACCCCGCCCCAUUCUCCCGCUUUCCAUCACCCCGCCCCAUUCUCCCGCUUUCCAUCACUCCGCCCCAUUCUCCCUUUCCAUCACCCCGCCCCAUUCUCCCGCUUUCCAUCACCCCGCCCCAUUCUCCCGCUUUCCAUCACCCCGCCCCAUUCUCCCGCUUUCCAUCACCCCGCCCCAUUCUCCCGCUUUCCAUCACCCCGCCCCAUUCUCCCGCUUUCCAUCACCCCGCCCCAUUCUCCCGCUUUCCAUCACCCCGCCCCAUUCUCCCGCUUUCCAUCACCCCGCCCCAUUCUCCCGCUUUCCAUCACCCCGCCCCAUUCUCCCGCUUUCCAUCACCCGCCCCAUUCUCCCGCUUUCCAUCACCCCGCCCCAUUCUCCCGCUUUCCAUCACCCCGCCCCAUUCUCCCGCUUUCCAUCACCUCGCCCCAUUCUCCCGCUUUCCAUCACCCCGCCCCAUUCUCCCGCUUUCCAUCACCCCGCCCCAUUCUCCCGCUUUCCAUCACCCCGCCCCAUUCUCCCGCUUUCCAUCACCCCGCCCCAUUCUCCCUUUCCAUCACCCCGCCCCAUUCUCCCGCUUUCCAUCACCCCGCCCCAUUCUCCCGCUUUCCAUCACCCCGCCCCAUUCUCCCGCUUUCCAUCACCCCGCCCCAUUCUCCCGCUUUCCAUCACCCCGCCCCAUUCUCCCGCUUUCCAUCACCCGCCCCAUUCUCCCGUUUUCCAUCACCCCGCCCCAUUCUCCCGCUUUCCAUCACCCCGCCCCAUUCUCCCGCUUUCCAUCACCCCGCCCCAUUCUCCCGCUUUCCAUCACCCCGCCCCAUUCUCCCGCUUUCCAUCACCCCGCCCCAUUCUCCCGCUUUCCAUCACCCCGCCCCAUUCUCCCGCUUUCCAUCACCCCGCCCCAUUCUCCCGCUUUCCAUCACCCCGCCCCAUUCUCCCGCUUUCCAUCACCCGCCCCAUUCUCCCGUUUUCCAUCACCCCGCCCCAUUCUCCCGCUUUCCAUCACCCCGCCCCAUUCUCCCGCUUUCCAUCACCCCGCCCCAUUCUCCCGCUUUCCAUCACCCCGCCCCAUUCUCCCGCUUUCCAUCACCCCGCCCCAUUCUCCCGCUUUCCAUCACCCCGCCCCAUUCUCCCGCUUUCCAUCACCCUGCCCCAUUCUCCCGCUUUCUAUCACCCCGCCCCAUUCUCCCGCUUUCCAUCACCCCGGCCCAUUCUCCCGCUUUCCAUCACCCCGCCCCAUUCUCCCGCUUUCCGUCACCCCGCCCCAUUCUCCCGCUUUCCAUCACCCCGCCCCAUUCUCCCGCUUUCCAUCACCCCGCCCCAUUCUCCCGCUUUCCAUCACCCCGCCCCAUUCUCCCGCUUUCCAUCACCCCAUUUCAUUCUCCCGCUUUCCAUCACCCCGCCCCAUUCUCCCGCUUUCCAUCACCCCGCCCCAUUCUCCCGCUUUCCAUCACCCCGCCCCAUUCUCCCGCUUUCCAUCACCCCGCCCCAUUCUCCCGCUUUCCAUCACCCCGCCCCAUUCUCCCGCUUUCCAUCACCCCUCCCCAUUCUCCCGCUUUCCAUCACCCCGCCCCAUUCUCCCUUUCCAUCACCCCGCCCCAUUCUCCCGCUUUCCAUCACCCCGCCCCAUUCUCCCGCUUUCCAUCACCCCGCCCCAUUCUCCCGCUUUCCAUCACCCCGCCCCAUUCUCCCGCUUUCCAUCACUCCGCCCCAUUCUCCCGCUUUCCAUCACCCCUCCCCAUUCUCCCGCUUUCCAUCACCCCGCCCCAUUCUCCCGCUUUCCAUCACCCCGCCCCAUUCUCCCGCUUUCCAUCACCCCGCCCCAUUCUCCCGCUUUCCAUCACCCGCCCCAUUCUCCCGCUUUCCAUCACCCCGCCCCAUUCUCCCGCUUUCCAUCACCCCGCCCCAUUCUCCCUUUCCAUCACCCCGCCCCAUUCUCCCGCUUUCCAUCACCCCGCUUAGGGUUUAGGGUUUAG